AACUGAAGUAAGAAGCCCAAACCAAAGGUUUUCCUCCCUCACCGAAAGCUCAGAUGAGGCUCCUUACCUCAUCCAAUAGGAAGAGAUCUUACUAUUUCUAUCUCGUUACCUUAUCUUUCAUCAUCUUUGCAGCCAUUCUAUAUACUGUGGACUUCAACUCCAUCCUUAAGCAUCCAUGUCUGAGGUACCAGCAGCUUGAAUACUCAUCACAACGGCAAAAACCCACAGCCUUUAUCAGAAACCAGGGAGAACGCACAGAAUCAUCCACUUUCACGCAAGCUGAUGAAGCCAAAAUUCUUGAUGAAGAAGUUAUAGUGAACUUUGAAGCCGUGUCAAAGCAAGUUGAGGAAGGGGUUAUUUUCGACGACGACGACGAAGAAGAAGGUGCAGAAGAAUUGGAAGGAGAGAACCAUGGUGGCGUGCCAUUUGCUGUUGGAAGGACAGAGGAGGGUUGCGAUGUGUUCAGUGGCAAAUGGGUCUACGAUGAGGUAUCAAGACCUCAUUACACUGAGAAGCAGUGCCGUUUCAUCAGCGCUCAGAUGAAGUGCCAAGCUUUCGGGAGGCCAGACAAGGCAUACCAGCAUUGGAGAUGGCAACCGCAUGGCUGCUCUCUGCCAAGCUUCAAUGCCACAUUUAUGCUUCGAAGGCUCCGAGGGAAGCGAAUACUUUUUGUUGGAGACUCCUUGACUAAGAGCCAGUUCAUGUCGAUGAUAUGUCUCCUACAGCGUGCAAUACCCAAGUAUGCCAAAUACCACAGACAUUAUGAAUCACAUACCAUCUUCAGUGCUCCGAAAUACAGGGUUACGAUCGAGUUCUAUUGGGCUCCCUUUCUUGUUGAAUCAAAUUGUGAUAACGCCACCGUGCACCGGGUGAUGGAUAGAAUAGUUCAUGCGUAUUCCGGAUCGAUUAAUAGACAUGCUCAACAUUGGAAGGGAGUUGAUGUUUUGAUAUUCAAUACAUAUAUGUGGUGGAUAACAGGGGCGCCAAUGAAGAUUUUGCGAAGGUCUCGCAAAGGGGGAAUGGAGUUCAUCAAGUUGAUGGAAGCAGAGGAUGCGUAUGGGUUGGUGCUGAAGAGAAUGGUGAGGUGGUUGGAGAAGAACAUGGAUCCACAGAAGACCAGGGUCUUCUUCACAGGAAUUUCACCUAGUCAUUGGAGGAGCAUAGAGUGGCGAGGCGAACGAGAUGGUACUUGUUACAAUCAAACAACUCCAAUUGAUGAUCCAAGUUAUUGGGGAUCUGGUGCUAGCAAGAGCAUGAUGAAGGUUAUGGAACAAGUUUUAAGCAACGCCACAGUUCCCAUCACCAUCCUGAACAUUACCCAACUAUCAGCAUAUCGCAAAGAUGCACAUACUUCAAUUUAUAAGCAGCUGCCAUACCAGUUGACCCACACACAACUGAAGAACCCUAAAAGCUAUGCUGACUGUGUACAUUGGUGCUUGCCAGGCCUUCAAGAUACUUGGAAUGAACUCUUGUACACCAAGCUCUUCUUUCCCUAAGAGAUUAACUUUAUGUAAAGGGAUUAUAAUUCAUUUUCUAAAUAUUUUUUCUCUUCCUCAUCUUUUAGGUUUUUUCAAA